AGUAGCAACAUGGCCGCCGCCGACGACGCAACGUACCUCGGAGCGCGAGUGAAUGAAGCCACAGAGGACGCGGCGAAGCGCGGGACCCCAGUGUGAGCUCCGCCGCCUGAAGAGCUGCGAUCGUCAUGUCCAUGGAGGCGAAGUCGUGUGAUGUGCUCGUGGUGGGAGCCGGGCUAAGCGGCUUGAGUGCAGCUCGCCUUCUCGUGGCGCGUGGCUUUUCGGUGCUUCUCCUGGAAGCAAGGGACCGUGUUGGAGGACGCACUUACACCGUGGAGGAUGAGAAUCUUGGUGUGACAGACCUGGGGGGCGCCUAUGUGGGACCUACGCAAGACCGCAUACUGGGCCUGGCCGAAGAACUUGGUGUUGCUACCUACCAUGUUGAUGACUCCAACAACAGCCUGGCACAUCUGCAUGGUAAAAUCCGAAGGUUCACCGGCACCAUCCCCCCAACAUACAAUCCUGUGGCGCUGUUGGACCUGCACCGCGUGAUGCGCGCCGUCGACCGCCUGGCUCGCGAGGUUCCACUCAGGGCACCAUGGACCCACCCGCGUGCCCACGACCUCGACAGGAUGACGGCACGAGAGUUUCUGCGCAGCCUCGCCUGGACCCGCACCACGGUGAGCUUGAUGGAGAUUUUGGUGCGGAACGUGUUUGCUGCGGAACCACACGAGCUGUCGGCGCUUGGUGUGAUGUGGUACAUCCACUCCGGCGGUGGCGUGGAGCGAGUCGCCAACAUCUCAAAUGGAGCCCAGGAGAGGAAGUUUGUGCUGGGUGCGCAGACCGUGAGCGAGCGCUUGGCAGAUCGCGUGGGCAGGGACAUCCUGAAGCUGAAGCACGUAGUGGCCAGUAUCGUCCAGACGGACGAGGGCGUGCAGGUCACCACGGUGCAGGGGGACCGGUACAAAGCACAUUUUGCAAUCAGCGCAAUCCCCACCGCUCUCAUAAACAAGAUGCACUUUGAGCCGGCCCUGCCGCCCCUGAGGAGCCAGCUGGUGCAGCGCAUGCCGAUGGGAUCCAUCAUUAAGACCAUCACCUUCUACAGCACGAGCUUCUGGAAGCAGCAUGGCUUCAAUGGAUCAUGCAUGUCCGACUCGGGCCCAAUAUCGUACUGCAUCGACGACACGAAACCGGACGGGAAACACGCAGCCAUCAUGGGCUUCAUCCAGGCAGACAAGGCGCGAGCCAUGUGCCUCUUCAGCCCUGAGCAGAGGAGGAAAGCGGUGAUUGAGCAUUAUGCCAACAUGUUUGGGAUUCCAGAGUUUUUGAAGCCUGUGGGCUACCUCGAGAAGAACUGGAUGGAGGAGGAGUUCUCAGGAGGUUGCUACGUCAGCUGUUUCCCACCGGGGGUUCUCACCAGCUAUGGAAAGGUGCUGAGUGAACCGUUUGGCAGGGUGUUUUUCGCUGGGACAGAGACGGCCUGGGAGUGGGCAGGCUACAUGGAUGGGGCGAUCCGUGCUGGGGAGAGGGCAGCUCGCCAGGUAUUGCAUGCUCUUGGUCACAUCCCUGAGGCCGCGGUUUGGGAGAACGAGCCUCCCCUGCCCUCCUACACGCCCGGCCACUCCCCCUGCCUCAGCUGUCUGCUCCCAUCUGUGCAGACGGCACUCUGCGCCACAAGCGUCCUCAUUGCUGGGGCCAUUGCUUACUUGCUUCAGUCGGGUGCCUGACCACACGACUGGCUCCUGCUCUGCCCUGGAUGCUGUGCUGUCCAGAUCAAGAUGUCAUCAUGGCCAAGUCUUUGAUAACCACGACAGCUCCUUGCCACCAAUGCAUUAUACCCUCCACCAGUUCCUGCAGUUGCUGUACAGUAGACCCACAGCCUGCCCUAAUGGUAUCUCACCCACCAUGUGGCCUUCGGUCCUCCCCUUGGUUGCCAGACUUGUCGAGACCACUCCAAUAUCUAUGUCGGCAAUUGGCCCUCCCCCAUCCCGCACGCAUGUACCACCCCCUAACAGUUUCCCAAAUGUGUUAUCAGAGCACGUUCGAAAUAAAAUCAAACCUUGCUUUCUGGAAAAUCACGGUUGAUUUGCUGUCAUGAUGUCUAUUUUAUAACCUAGCUGAUUUGGUCUAAAAAAUGUUGGUUAAAAAGUGAUUUGUAACAUCCAACAAUACUGGAUGUUUCUUCCAAUGUCAUCUUGUUUAAGCACCCUCAUAUUACGUCACAUUUGAAUUGUGAACCUUUGCAUAAGGAAUGAUUCACUUUGGUUGCCUUGGGUGUAACGAUACAUCGAUUUAUAUCUAAUUAAUGUCUUCUAUAUGUUUAUUUUCUAAUGGUUUCAUGUGACCCCUUCACCCAAUAGAUGUUGCUACAUUCACCAAAAUGCAUUUGAAGUUGGGGUUGGUGGUUCACACAAUCAUUUGCUGAGACUCCCAGUCCACAGGGCUACAUCGCAGCCAGUUGAUGGCUGUUUAUUACUGGUACCCUGCUUUAUUCCCACAUACUGAAGAUUUUGCAAAUAUGCCAGUGCAAGAUCCUCCUACAAAAGGUCUUGCAACUUCAUGGGGCUAUUCAUAAAAUGAGUAUCACUUGCAGCUGUAAACAGAAGAUGAGAACCAAUGCCUCAAUACUCAUUUAGUGUCCUUAAAAAUAUUCAUAUAAAUGCAAUUUAGCUUCUAAUGAUAUUCAUAAUAAGACUGUAAUAGAUAAACGAAGCAAAUACUAUUUUAUGAAUAAUAAUUGUGUAGAAGAGUAUGACGACGUGACGCCAUGAGCGCUGUAAAACGCGAUGACGUCAUGUCACGGGAUAUACUUAAGGGGGACCCCGUGACGAAAGGGGGGCUCGUUGUGGGAACCCGGGAUGGGGAGCGUCUGAAAGGAGGUCUCUCUCCUGCUCGUGACCGGACGGUUUUGGCAGAUCUCCCGUCCGGGUUCUACGAGUAGAGAGCCAAAGAUAUAGCCAGGGGUAGGGCUCUCAGAAGUCUGUAAGAGCCGGCUAAGGCUACGUGGGGUGCUGCUCUCCUCGGUCGGGCGGUGUUGGCUGAACCCCCAUCCCGGCCCGAGUGAGAGAGCCCAAGAGAUAGCCGAGGCUAGGAACAGAUAGAGCCUGAGGUCCGAGGGAAGGACCGAGUGUAGGGACACCCAUCUCUGGUGUAAAUUGUUAUCCCGUUGUUAAUAAACUGGCGCAAGCACUUA